AAAUCCGCCCUCGAAUAUCAGAAGGAGGAAGUCGUGCAGGAAAUCCGAUUCGGGGGUGGAGGGGAGGCAGGAGCCGGAGGGAGAGUGCUACUUCCGAAGUUAAAAAGGAAAACUACCUCAAUGAGAUCUAUACAAUGGCACCUGAACCUCCCGUUGUAACAGCAGACAUAAGCAAAACCAUGAAUGAAUAAAACUUGAUCAGAAUCAGUAGAAGCAAGCAAAAGUGAUACAGUGUAGCACGAUUAAAACAACAACAACAGCAAAACAUCAACACAGAAUGACAGAUGUGCAGCUGAAAGUACCUGUCAUUCAGCAGCUGUAUCACUGGGACUGUGGGCUGGCUUGUUCCAGGAUGGUUUUGAAGUACCUGCAUCCAGUAAGUGAGGAGGAGUUCCAGAACGCAUGCUGGGAGCUCAAGUUGACGGAGAGUGUGUGGACGAUCGACCUAGCCUAUCUGAUGUGCCAACUGGGGGUGAGGCAGAGGUUCUGUACCCAGACCCUGGGCGUGGACAAGGGCUAUCGAAACCAGUCGUUUUAUAAGAAGCAUUUCAGUACUGAAGAGGACAGAGUCAAUGAGCUGUUUGCUAAAGCAGAAGCCAACGGUGUAGUGGUGGAGAAACGUUCUGUAACUGUUCAGGAGAUCCAGAAUCACCUGGCUCAAGGACACGUGGCGAUCGUGCUGGUAAACGCAGUCCUGCUGGUCUGUGACCUCUGCUCGACCCCUGUCAAGUACUGCUGCUUUCUCCCUGUCGGGCAGAAGUGCUUCUGCAGGAAGCCAGACUAUCAGGGUCACUUUGUAGUGGUGUGCGGCUUCAACAGGGCCACAGGUUGCAUCUUCUACAACAACCCUGCCUACUCUGACCGAGUGUGCAGCACCAGCACCAGCACCUUUGAGGAGGCACGGAUGAGCUACGGGACGGAUCAAGACAUACUCUUUGUAUACAAGGAGAGCUGAUAUCGGCGUGGAGCACUGGACACUCACUGUGAACCCCAUUCUAUGCAGUCCCAGACACUGCGGCAGGACUCGCCACUCUCAACCACGACUUGCACAGCAGCUUCAAAAAAAAAAAAAAAAAAACACUCAAUUUGUACAACGGACUGAGAUCCUGAGAUCCUUUACUUUCUCUCUUUUUUAUCUCUUUCUCACAUUAAUUCCGGGUAAAAAUGGGAAAAUUAAAGUUAAAGGUGGAGGGGAAAAAAAACAUGACCGGUGUUUUAAAUCUAAAGCCUAACAUGUCAAAUCAUUACUAAAUGAACUACCUGAACCGGCUACUAUUCAGAUCAUCCAUGUUGUGACGUUCCAUAGCCAAGGAAUGGAAACGCAGUUUUUAAAACCGGAUAACUAGAGGGUGGCUUAUGCUAGCCGGCAUGUUGUGGGGCACCAGUCCUUGAGGACAGUUGUGCACCCCAAGAAUAGAAAUACAGGGUGUCCCAUAAGUUGGCUAUCCUUUUGUUAAUAUUGGUUGCCUCACUGUUUUCUUUCAGGUUUUAGAUAGUCAACUGUGCGAGGCAGUUUCUAAGAGCAACUGUUUGAAGAUUUUGAGAAGAGAGAGAUGAUCUUUUCUGUUUUCCAUUUUGAUCCACACUUUGGAGACCACCACCUAUGCUGUGAUGAUUUAAAGGGGCAAUAUUACUUUUUUUUUUUUGAGGAGGUGGGGGAAGGUAAAGCAUCUUAUGUGAUCUGUGUUAUUUUUUUUGCAUUAGAGCAGUUUAUUUGGAGACAUCCUCACUGUGAAUCUCAGGUACUGCAUUUGGGUAAUGUGUAUUAUUAAUACUGUUCAAGGGACGUAGUGUUUUCGGUUCACUCAACAGAGCUUAAGAGGGAAUGGAUUUUGCUGAAACUUGCUAUCUAAUCAUUGGAAGAAAAAAUGCAUAAAACAUCAGGAAAUACAAAGUGACCUCACAGGGACCUGAAUACUGACUGGGUCAGCUGCCUGGCUAGCGGCGCCCCCUGUUGUCCACUCAUUACUCAUCCAUUCACAAGUCACACUUACAGGAAAUUAAAAUUGAAGGUAAUCAGUUUUCCUGGAAGAUGAAAUUGAAAUUGUGUUCUGGCUUAUUUCAUUUUAACGUACAUUUUGUUUAAUCAACUGCCUCCUAAUUUACGGGGAUUAUGCAAUAUAAAGGUGUUUCUUAUUUAA